UGCUUUGCUGGACAGCGCAGAGCAGAUGCUGGAGAUGCAGUUCAAGUGCUCCAAGAUGGGUGAGGCGAAGUACUACUUGGGGAUGCACGUGGAGAGAGAUGUGGAAAAGGGUGUGCUGAGGUUGCACCAGAGGAAGUACUGUGAGGGGCUGGCUGAGAAGUAUGGGCUGCAAGAUGGGGGAAAGCCAGCAACACCACUACCUUCGGGGUUCACUGUGGAGCCAUGUGCUGAUGAGGAGGUAGUGGGUGAUAGUGACAGGAAGCUGUUUCAUUCGAUGGUUGGGUCGCUGAAUUAUCCUGCAAAUCAUACACGGCCUGACAUUGCAUUUGCUACAUCACGGUUGGCUAGUGUGGUCUCACGCCCUAGUCAUGAGCAGCUGGAAGCGGCCAAGAGGUUGGUCCGCUAUGUGAGUGCUACGGCAUCAGUGGGAUUGGAGUACAGUGGAGUGAGGCAGCGGUUGCAGAGAGGUGCUGCAGAUGUGAAGAGUGGAGAGAUGCUCUUGAAUUCUUGAACUUUGAUUGAACCUUUGAGAUUGAG